AUGGCGGAUCUAACGCACACGACUAGUACCGGAAGUACCGCGAAAGAUGCGAUGAAAGUCCAGGAGGAAAUCACCGAGGCCCCAGCGAGGGCUGUGGAUGGCAGCGCGCAUGCGCCGGAGAGUCCCGCGCAAAGAGAUGGUGAGACGGGCGAGGGUGUCCGUGAUGGAGGAGAGGCACGUGAGCAUGCCCAUAGGAGGUGGAGCCAUCACAGACGGACAUAUAGCCAUGCGCACUUCAAGGUGUAUAAGAGGAGGUGGUUUGGGCUAGCGCAGCUGGUGCUGCUUAACAUCGUCGUUAGCUGGGACUGGUUGACGUUUGCACCGGUUUCGACGACGUCGGCGGAAUACUUUGGGGUUAGUGAGACGGCGGUUAAUUGGCUUAGUACGGCCUUUUUGUUCUCUUUUAUUGUGGCAAGUCCUGUUACGAUAUGGACGCUUAAUCGCAGCCCGAAGGAAAGCAUCAUGUGGGCGUCGGUUCUCCUGCUUCUGGGGAAUUGGAUUCGAUAUGCGGGAACGAAGGCGCAGGGUGGCAUCUAUGGAGUCGUCAUGUUCGGCCAGGUAUUAACAGGUCUGGCUCAACCUUUCGUGCUCGCGGCUCCAACGCGCUACUCUGAUCUCUGGUUCACGGAAGCUGGGAGAGUUAGCGCUACAGCCAUCGCGUCCCUUGCGAAUCCCUUCGGUGGAGCUCUCGCCCAACUCGUCAACCCCUUCCUCGGAAGCAUUCCUUCCAUGGUCCUCUACGUCUCCAUCAUCAGCACCGUCGCCUCCCUCCCUUCCUUCUUCAUACCCGCUCACCCUCCAACCCCUCCAACCGCCUCCAGCACCCUCCCCAAAAUCGCGCUCCUCCCCUCUGUGCGCGCCUGCCUGCGCAGCCCACCCUUCUACAUCCUGCUCCUCACCUUCUCCGUCUACGUCGGCUUCUUCAACGCCUUUUCCAGCCUGAUCAACCAGAUCCUGUAUCCAUAUGGGUACAGCGAAGACGAGGCGGGAAUAUGUGGCGCCGUGCUGAUUAUUGUGGGGCUGGUUGGCGCGGCGAUUUCGAGCCCCGUGUUGGAUCGCACGCAUGCGUAUUUACUGGGGAUCAAGGUGUUGUGUCCGCUUGUGGCAGUGGCGUACUUGGGCAUGAUUUGGGCGCCGCAGACGAGGGGGUUAGUGGGGCCGUAUGUGCUUGCUGCCGUCGAAGGUGCUGCGUCGUUCUCGCUGCUCCCGAUUGCGCUCGAAUACCUCGUCGAGAUUACGUUCCCGGCCUCGCCUGAAGUGUCAUCUACGAUCUGUUGGGCGGGUGGACAACUGCUGGGCGGCAUUUUCAUCGUUGUUAUGAACGCGUUGAAGGACCAGCAGCCGGUUGAUCUGGCGAAGGUUAGAGAGAUGGGGAGAGAACAGGGUGGUGGAGAUAGGCCUCCUGGGAAUAUGUAUAGGGCGCUAGUUUUUGAAGCUGCCGUUGCCAUGGCGGUGCUGCCGUUGCCGAUGAUGUUGGGGAUCAAGAGAUUUGGCUUAAGCCAUUGGGAGGGCAGGCUCAAGGUUGACGAGCAUAGGGAGGGAAAUGGAGUUCUUGCCGGGGAGGAAGCUAAUUAAUGGUGCGGUUGGGAAUGCUCGAUGAUCUUGGGUUUGGAUUUUGGAUAUGGAUAUGGAUAUGGACACGGGCUGAGAUACCUCACGAAUGGUCGGGUUUGUAAUAAUAUCGGUGUAUGGGCGCAUAUAGGAUACCUUCGAUGCUAACUGGAAGCGUACAUAUUCUGGAACGCGUAUGUUGCUUAUUGCUCACUGUCACAGGUAAAUGUGAGAUAAAAACAAAUAGU